CGCCAAAUGGUGACGCUCCAUUUUUCAAGAACUCCGGCGAUCACUCAUUUGAAAAUAAUGGCCUUACCACACCGUAGCUCUCACUGCCACAGCGUUUCUGCGUAUUCGCCUCCACCUGACGAGUUAACUGAGCCCUGCGAAUAUCUGGGCGUUAAAAAACGCAAGCCCUCGUACCUCGUGCGAAAGGAAGAGGGGAAGAAUUUAAAGGACGAAUUGCUGCAGCUACAAGCUCAAGUGGCAGUGCUCAAGACUCGCGGGAUGCCGGCGGGAUCAGCCUUAGCUGCAGACCCGGGACUUCAACAAUCCAAAGCCAAGUCGAAGGCGCUGGCGGACUCUGCCAAACAACAGGGGUUGAGGAUUGCUGCCGCGCAAUCGCUCAUGACGGAAUGCGUGAGAGCGCAGUAUUCGAAUCCUUUGUGCACCCGUAUUUGUCUUGUGAAAGACAAGAACGAGCGUAGAGCUGUGCUUAAGGCCAUUCGGGCGGAGAAGCUGAAGAAUGCGUACGACUACGUGAUGGCGUGCGGCAGCCACACGCCUGAAGGACAAGGGAAAGACACGAGCAAGGUGUUCCAGACUGACAACGGAGAUACCUGCUGUCUGGGGAGUACCGUGGUGCAUUUUCCAGGCGUCCGAUCACUCAAGCAAGUGUUCGAGGCUAUUUGGUUUUAUUUGACCAAUAUGGAAAUCAGUAUCUCCGAGCGACUAGGCCACGUUGCGGUGCGAGAAGACUACGACAUGAUGGAAGGUUCAGCGUACAAUUCGCGUAUCAUAGCGACCGACAGCAAUGGGAUCACGACGGAGACGAACACGAUCGUGUUCGUGCAGUUCUUUGAAAACGGACACCCCCAGUUUGGUGGCGAACCGUGUGCCAUUGUGGCUUCGGACUCUGUGGAUGAAGACGAGCUCUACCCGUACCAGUCAUCCAGACACAUUCGCAAGGACAUUUCAGGUGGCGUAGUGAUGACAGCGAGCAAACAGAAGAAACAAUCGACUGGUGAAUACGGUGGUGACGACGAAAUAGUGGUCACUAUGCGUCGUGCAGGUUACCUAAAGAUCCACCGGCCAGAGUUCUUUAUUCCACCGCUCGCUCAACAAGAACUGGAAGGUGGAAUCGGCGACUGGGGGAAAGUGAUGAUCAAGACUAUGCGCGAAGUAUUGUACGCAACAAUGUAACUUAACUUUAAAGUGACGUGGUUGGCGACGAUCCAUUGUUACUGUAGUGUCGUGCUGCUUAAUCGAUGUACCUAUCCAGCGUUGGAAAAGGACUUCGGUCCCUGGUGUUGCUCAUAACGCGCUCGCCUUGUCGUGUUCGCUUGUUGGUGAGCCCGUCGCAUCGAGGCGUCGAAUUUCGACAGCACAAACUGUCAGCGCAUCAGAUGCGACGACAAUCUCUCUGCUGGAAAGCCUUGAUGCUUCGCUGGACAAGCGCUGCGUCUGGAUUUCUCCAGACGCAGAGCAGCAAGGACACGCCUGCAGGUGGACAAACUGGUUCGUCACCGUCAGCGAAUCCGUUUAGUAAUUGAC